GCGACGCGAGUAAAAUGUCCGACGGAGAGCCCCCGUCGUUUUCGAUUUUGAGACAGGAACCGCGCUUCACAGUGGCAAAGUACCUGCCAGUACUCGGCUGGUUACCGCAUUAUACUCGGUUGAAGGCCAUGUCAGACCUGAUAGCGGGCAUCACCCUGGGUCUGACUAUGAUCCCUCAGAGUAUGGCCUACGCGGUACUGGCUGAACGGAUUCCGCAGUAUGGUCUGUACUCUUGUUUUGUGGGCGGUUUCGUAUACAUUAUCUUGGGAACUAUCAAAGAGGUCUCGAUUGGUCCGUCAUCCUUGAUGGCCCUUCUGACGUUGCAGUACACGCGAAACAUGCCGCAGGAUUUUGUAAUACUCUUGUGUUUCCUGGCUGGAUGCAUAGAACUUUUAAUGGGCGUACUAAAUCUAGGAUUUUUGGUGGACUUUAUAUCAGUUCCUGUCACAUCGGGUUUUAUGUCAGCAGGAGCGGUUAUUAUAAUUAUCGCUCAGAUGCAGAGUCUUCUGGGAUUGAAAUAUAAGUCGGAAAAUAUUGUAGACAAUCUGUACAAAUUAUUUAAGAAUAUUAAUAAGAUCCGGCUUGCCGAUUCCGCACUCGGAAUUUUCAGCAUCCUAUUUCUCCUGGUUUUCAAAAAAUUGAAAGAUAUUGACUAUCCUUGUAUGAGAAACAAAAGGGAUGCUCCUAGAAAUGUAAUAAUAAAAAAAGUACUUUGGUACUUUUCCAUUGGCAGAAACGCUCUCAUAGUGCUUAUAUCAACCACAAUAGCGUACCAAUUCGAAGCGAAUACAGGAUCCAUUCCAUUUAUACUUUCAGGAAAAAUCGAAGCCGGCCUCCCCAAAAUAUCGUUACCGUCAUUCUCAUCGCAAGUAGGAAAUCAGACUUACACUUUUUUUGAUAUGUGCGCUCACUAUGGAUUAGGACUAGGGAUACUUCCUGUUAUAUCCGUCUUGGCAAACGUAGCGAUAGCUAAAGCAUUUGCGUUAGGCACUUCCAUUAACGCAACGCAAGAAAUGCUGGCUCUGGGCCUCUCCAAUAUAAUAGGCAGUUUUGUGUCAUCGCUUCCAACUACUGGUGCGUUUACCCGAAGUGCAGUCAGCAGUGCCAGCGGAGUGCAAACGCCUAUGGCUGGUCUAUAUUCCGGUACUAUGGUAUUGCUGGCCCUGAGCUUUUUAACAUCAUAUUUUUAUUACAUUCCACGAGCGACACUAGCGGCUGUGCUGAUAUCCGCUGUGUUAGUCAUGAUUGAUGUGAAAAUCAUAAAAUUACUCUGGAAGGGGAGCAAAAUGGAUGCAAUCGCAGCGAUAGGGACCUUUGUGAUCUCAGUUUUUAUCGGCAUUGAGUUCGGACUCCUUCUUGGUGUUCUUUUCAACUUGAUCCUUUUCAUUCGACUGUCCGCGAGAUUGACGCUUCAAAUAGUCAACUGCAAAACUCGUCUAGGAAAUAGAUAUAUGAUGCUAAAACCCGAAAACUGUCUCUAUUAUCCCGCAGUAGCUUCCUUCAGCGAGAAAGUCAUGAGUUUAGCUGGAAACGACGUUCCGUUGAUCAUGAAUUGCAAAAUAUUCAAUAGUCUCGAUUACACUUCAAUCAAGGGUAUCGAAACGUUAUCGAAAAGAUUGAAUAGCGAGAGAAAUCAAUUCUGGCUAUUGCAUCUUAAUUCCGAUGUCGUGAAAAGUUUUAACAUUCUCGCUGACAACAAAUACAUUCGUUUGAUCGAAAAAGAAGAGAGCAUCGCAGAUGUUCUUUACAACGAUGCUUUAUCUAGUAAAAAUUCUGAAGAUCGGAUCAAUAUUACUGUGAAAAAAGCGACGGAAAUGAAAAAUCUGAAUCACGGAGAUCUUUUGUAUUCGAAUUCACGACAAAAUGAUUCCGAAUCCAAUGUCGAAGAAUUAGCCUUAAUGUCACCAUCCGAACGUAAAAUACAACAAUAAUCAAACAACUCUGUCUUUAAUAUAUAGCCUGUUGAUUCUGUAAUUUUAA